CGCCAAUCUCCUCAACUCACUUCCAUUGUUCGGUUGCGACAAGGUUCGACUCCCCAUUCAUCACUCCGUUCCAUGCAAACGCGAUCACAUGUCGAGUGACGCGAGUACUGAGCUCACCGUAUGUCACCUACUGAGGAAGGUGACGCGAAUGCUCCACCGCGAGCGUAUAUAACCAGAGGCCGGUCGCUUCAUCCACCAAGUUCUGUUCACCUACCACUCUUCCACACUCCAUCACCACUACCACAAGCAACUCACACUCACCAACAUGUCGUACACUGACAAGGACCCCAAGAACGUCGCCCGCGGCCUCAAGGCCUCCAUCGCGAAUCCCAACGUGUCCGAGGACGCGAAGGACAAUGCGGCGCGGCAGCUCGACCAGAUGGGCUACGAGCGCCCCGGUGGGCAGGCAUCCACGGCGACGGACGACGAGCACACGAACCGUGUGAUUAGUGGAUACAAGGCUACGUUGCAUAACGACAACACGUCGGACCAGGCAAAGGCGCACGCGCGCGAGAUCCUGGACGCGUAUGAUCGGUCGGGAUCGACUGAGUACGGUGUUGACGAGCACGAGAAGCGCCAACUCGCGGGGUACAAGGCGGCCCUCAGCAACCCACGGGUGUCGGAAGGCGCCAAGCAGCAUGCUCGGCAGUUCCUUGAGGAGCACGGUGCCCUGUAAAGGCGCUUGAACGUACCAAAUCCAAGUGUAGCAUAUAUCAUUGAAGUCGACGGAACGCUGUACCAUAUAUCACUGCUAUAAUCGUGCUUUUUGGAGUCCA